AUGGAGGUACAAGAGCACCAGAUAGAUGGUAUGAACAAUAAGCCUAAGCCAUAUCGGAAGGCCAAGUUCCCAGAGAGCGACAACAUAUAUCUUCCCAAAGUGUUCUUCUCAAUGCUCAGCGUAGCCCAGAAGAACAGCGGAAAGACCUUCAACAUUUGUAAGCUGUUCCAUCACUUUGAAAAAUGGCCACUUAAAGACCCAGAGGAUGGCGAGAUAGUGCCUAUUCGUGUCGUAUGGUUCAGCCCAACCACCACAUCGGCAAACAAUAGCAUUCUCGAAACCUUGUCACAGCUCGAUAGAGAGAAUGAUAUCGUUGAUGAGUAUGAGGACCACAAGCUCCAAGAGAGGAUUGAUGAGGUUGAGACCAUUCGCCAGGAGGUCCAAGAAUACCAGGAGUACUUAAGGGCAUAUAAGAAAUGGAUGAAGGUGGGAGAGAAUAAACUGGAUUUCGAUGACCUCUUGACGCUUGAAAAACACAACUUUGAGCAUCCUAAGGAUGUUUUCGGAGAUAUGAAGUACAAGAAGGUCCCUUGUACCGUUUUUGUGUUUGACGACCUGGCUGGGACGAAGGCCUUUAAGAAUGGCAGGAGCGUGUUGAACAAGUUCUUGAUUGCCCAUCGUCAUACGAGCGGGGGAAUCAAUGUCAUCUUCACAACACAGAACAUGAGGAGCAUACCCCCGAUUCUAAGGCGAAAUAUGGAUAUAUAUGAACUUAAAGGGCAAUACCCAGAAAUACCCGAGACUCUGCUCUAUACAGCCGCUAUCGAUUUCGUCCUCUAUCCUGACAAAACCAAAGAGGACUUUGAGCGGGAUUAUGAGGCUGUCGAAAGGGCUAAUGCCAUGAAGGCUGAGGCAGACGCUGUGCCUACUACGUUCUACGGAGUCAAGGUUCUUGAUGCCAAUGAUAACGAGGUUAAGAAGCUUUACCAUAUAUUCCUCAAUCUGGAUGAUAGUGAAGAGGCUAUCAAGGCUCAAGCUUAUAUUGAUACUAAUCCUAGCGACACUGAGCUUGUGAAUUAUUUCAAGAAUAUCAAAACGCUAUCUUGGAAGCUGACGAAUAUUGAGCCACAGCUGCUCUCAGAGAAUGCUCGUAUUGUCCUUGAUUCCUACACGGUACGUCGAGUUCAAAGAUUGUCAGAUAUGAACCUCUACACAAGCGACCUUAACGUCGAUGGUAUGGCCUAUGAAUCGAUGAACAACAAUAUGUAUGGCACAAUCCUGAUGAGCCUAAGGAAGGAUUACCUGGGGGUCAAUGUAGCAGCUGACCCGACACAGACGGUCGAUUUCAUCUAUAGCAACACUAACCAUGAGUUCUCAAGCAAUUGGAAGGCCAAGCCGAAUAUGCUCCAAAACAACCAAUACUUCCGGCUUUAUAUCGAUGGCGGAAACCUUGGGCAUAUCUCCGAGUUGAAGAUAAAGCUUAUCGUCUAUGACGAGGUACUUAAGACCCAGGAAGACACCGAUAUGUGGAGCGACGAGCAGGUCAUAAGUGAUAGGACACAUAUCUUUAUAAACAGUAGGAACAGGCUUCCAUAUGAGAGCGCCAGCUCAUACAUCGUCAAUCUCCCCAACGGGUUGAUAUAUGGGGAUGAUAAGACACAGUAUAGGCUAACCGUCAAUUAUUUCCAGGUGACUAAUAGCUGGUACAACAUACAAGAUGGAUAUAACAACCAGUUCCAGAUAUCAACCGACAACUUCGUCGAUAGUGUCAUCGACUUCUCGAUAGACAUCGGCAAUCCAUCCGUCUAUGACCUCGAUAAUGAGCUCCAAACCAAGCUAAAGGACUAUUUCACAGUCGCAUAUAAUAGGAGCCUUAACAAAUUCGUGUUUAGCAAUACAACAGGUUCCACAUUAUACCUAAAGGUUAUGAACUGCGGGCAGUUCAUCGGCUUCUACAAUGACCAGACAUUCGAGGUGUUGGCCGGUGAAACGCUUGAGAGUGAGAAACCGGUUAAUAUGUUAGGGGAUGAGCUCAUCAUCAUGAGGGUCCGGGGUGAUAUCAGCUUUGAGAACAGCACCAUCGAGAACAUGACAACCGCCGAGUUCUACCCCUCGGACAUUUUAUUCACAUUCCCCGUGAAUGUUCCCCCAUAUAGCCUCAUUACGUGGGAGAACAUAACUCAAACAAGAUUUACCCAUCUGAUAAAUAGCCAGUCGAAGAGCAUCGACCAGUUCGUCCUUGAGGGCUUACAACAGGCCAGGAUGAUAGGGUCUUAUGCCAAUAAAGUGAUGGGAGGACGGCUUAUGGCGCAUCCGCUAGGACAGCGUAUCAAUGAUAUCACAAAGGGAGCCCAGAGUGCGGUUGGAGUUGCUCAGGGAGCCCUUGAGAAGGCUCACUCUGUAGAACAGGGCAUCCGAAGGCUCUAA